GUCCUCCUCCCAGCAGCUAUGCUGCAGCAACAGCGAGAGGAGGAGAUCAGCUGGGUCAGCAGCAGCUGCUCAUCGGGGUGAUGGUGCUGCUGGGGGUGACAGUGGAAGUGGUGCACGGGGAAUCUGGCACAGCAGCAAUAGUGCCCAGCUGUGAAAGGGAGAGUUAGCAUAUCGGGGAAGCAUAGAAACCGGGUCAGGAAGGAGAAGCUCGGGUGAUCCUGCCAGACUCAGAUUCCAUGUUGAGGCCGAAACAUCAUCUUCCUGGCAUCGGAUUCUCGCAGGACUUGGAUUCUGUAUAAGAGGAAAGUUCCAUCAGGAGGUUCCUGAAAAAGGACACAGAGAUGCUAAUGUCAGGCAAGUACCUACUGGCGAUGACCUUCAUAUAUUUCAAGAGAGCCAAGCUCAGGGUAACUGAAUAUACGAGCAGAAAUUUUUACUGCGCACUGUUUCUGGCAAAUCAGAUGAAGGAGGAUGAUUUCGAUAUGCCAAUCACCAACUUCCAGGAGAAGACAGACGCCUUAUGGAAGAGACUGGAGUACCGGACGCUUGUGUCCAUGGUAGAAUUGGUAGAGGUAAUAAGAGCAGACAAGCAUUGGGCCUGGGAGAGGCACCGAAAAUUCUGUCAAGGCGGGGCUAAAAGGAGCUAUCCGGGAGGUGGCCCAGCAAACAAACGGAGGAAAAAAUGAAGACCAUCAGGCUGUAACGCCGGAACAUCCAGUGGCGCCUAUCUACCAUCAGUGUAACCUGCCUCAGCCCUUACCAUUCCUCUGUGGCAGGCUGGGGAAUAAAAUCUACUGAAAACUAUGUGUUAAAACUUAAAAUCAGCAUAGUGAAA